AUGUUCAAGCGAUGCCAUUAUUUCGCACGCGGAUUCUGCAAGCAUGGAAGCGCGUGUCGCUUCCUGCACGCGUCGCACGGCCAGUCGGCGACGGCGCCCGUGUCGUCGCCGGGGUCGCCCAGUGCGACGAGUUCGGACGGCAUGAUGGCGGCUGCGACGUACCCCGAGCCGCAAGGCGCGGAAGAGACUGCUGCUUUGAGCUGCACGGCCGCGAGCGGCGGCGGCGACGAAACUGGUGUUGAUGCCAGUAACGCCAGCGGGAACGGCGGUAAUGGUGGAGAUUCCUUUGCUGGCAGCACCGCCGCAACCGGCGGCGGCGGUAGCGGUGGUGGUGUGGCCGGGACUGUUGCUGGCGGGCUCGUGGGCGGCAGCCCGGGAUCUGCGGCGGGUUUCACGCUGGAGCGGCUCGAGGCGGAGCUUCACGACUUGCUUAGAGAGCACAAGGGGCCUAUCCACGUGGCAUCGCUUCCACAGCUGUACGCGGAGCGGUUCGGGAAGCCGUUGCAAGCGGAGGGGUACCUAACUGAGAGCCAGCGGCAGGGGCGGCCCGGACUAAGUCUAACUAAGUUACUCGCGCAGAUGAAAUCGUCGAUCGCGUUCGUCGAUAGGCCGAGCGGGCAGCGCGCGAUAGUUCUCAAGGGGUCGCCGAUUCUGGAGGAAUCUAAAAAGUUUAUAUCGUUCAAGGAGCGAGCGGAUUUGGCGCCGCCAAGUCCGGGGUCGCGGCAGAUUUAUCUCACUUUUCCCGCCGAGAGCACGUUCACGGAGGAUGACGUGGCAGCCCAUUUCAGCAAGUUCGGGCCAGUCCACGAGGUGCGCGUGCCACAUCAGCAGAAGCGCAUGUUCGGAUUCGUCACGUUCGCUUUCGCGCACAGCGUGAAAGCAAUUCUCGAGGAGGGUAACCCGCACCACAUCGGCGGCUCGCGCGUGCUCGUCAAGCCGUACCGCGAGAAAUCGCGCCACGGCAGCGCCGCCACGACCGCGCACGGGGACCGGAAGACGCGCACGGGUGCGGACCGCGGCGCGCAGGUGUCGCCCGCGAAAGGCGGCAUGGAGUCUUAUUCAGACGAUUCUCCCCCGCCGCCCCUUCCCAAGGCGUCGAAGCGACUCUUUCCCGCCAAGAAUGUUCUUCAGCAGCCGCAGCAGCGGCCGUUGCAGCAGCCACGUCAGCACCAGCCGCAACCGCCGCCGCCGCCGCAGCAGCAUCAAGCAGACGAAGGGGAGGAGCAGCAAUCAACACAGCAAGGGCAGCAGCAGCAGCAACCGCAUGACCAGCAGCAGCAGCAGCAGCGUCAGCUGCAGCAGCAAUCUCGUCUGGAAGGCGGGUGGGGGAGCGAUCACAGCCGUCCGAUUCACCACCACGUGUCAGCCUCAUACGAAGCAUCUCAAUACGGCUCCCCGUCUCCCUCCCCUUCCCCUUCGCCUGCCGCGGCCGCCGCCGCCGCUGCUGCUGCUGGCACUCCGGGUGGUGCCACUGGUGUAUCUUCCUUUGGCCCCCCCUCUCCCUACGCUCGUACCCCCUCCUCUAUCUAUGCGUCUGCGUCUGCGUCCGCCUCUCUGUCGUUCUCCUCGGCGUAUUCGCCGUCUUCAGCGGCUGUUGCGGCUGCUGCCGCAGCAGCUUCCGCGGCCGUGUAUGACGCGCCGCCCAGGCGCAAGAGCUUGUAUCAGUCGCUGUCUGACGUGGAUGCCUUGCGGGGCGCAAGGGGCGUGGGGGGCGUGGGGGGCGUGGGGGGCGCGGGGGGCGUGGGGAGCGCGGGGGGCGUGGGGGGCAUGGAGGGCGCGGGGGGCGUGGGGGGCAUGGGGGGAAUGGGGGGAAAAGGUAUGGGUGGUAUGGGCGGCAGUAUUGGAAUGGGGGGAAUGGGCGGGAUGGGUGGUGGUGGUGGUACGGACGAGCACCUUUUCAAGCCCUCCUCUCUCGGCCUCGCCUCUUCCUCCUUCUCCUCCUCCUUCGCCUCCUCCAUCUCGUCAGGUUUGACCGGAUUCGCCUCUGCUCGCACUCCCAUGGAUCACUCUUUCUCCUUCGCCUCCUCCUCCCUCUCGUCUCUCUCCUCUCUCCCCGGCUAUGGCGCCGCAACUACCACCACUACAGCCCACUUUCCACACGUGUUCUGGUGUCGCCUCGUGCUCCCACUUGUCCCUCUCGUGUGCCUUUCCUCUCUUCCCGGCUAUGGCGUCUCAAAGAGGCAGCUCACGCCUGUCCGACCCAACUCCCGCCUCCCGCUUCUCUCCCCUCCCCCUUGCUGCGUUUCCCCCUGGUCGUUGCAAACAGGCGAUGCAGCCCGUCAAGGCCUUCCUCAAACGCCCACACACCGGCAGCUCGAUGACGCGAUGCAGCCCCUGAAGGUCUUCCUCAAACACCCACACACCGGCAGCUCGAUGACGUCUUGUAAGCUCGCCCCCCCCCCCGUCCCACGCUCCUCCGCUGCUCCCUUCAUCUCCUCUCCGUUUCUUUCACCCAGCGGCUGUUCUCGCUUCUGCCAAACAGUCCCUUCACGUCCUCCGUAA